UAUGACACUUCUGACUCACAAAUCACUCGAAGCCAAGCAUAUCGGAAUUCCAGGAGGGCCUCACAAAUCAAUACGAAUCCUUUAAGUAUGUUUCUGUCUUCAUUGAAAUAUGCAUUCUUAAUUCUAAACUUCUUUCUGUGGGGCUUUCGAAAAAAAAUAUGCAAAUUGGUCUGUUCAAUUCAUUUAACUUAUCUUCAACUUCGUAUGGUCUGACAUCGACUCAUUCACGGGAGUUGGCGUAGCAACGGUCCAACUCCGGAAUAUCACAUACAAGCAUGAAAAUGCAUCUCCUAAUAAUAUAUACAGAGCCUCGGACCUUUCUUCUCUGCACCUAUUGUUGCCGCCAUCCCUUCCACAACCUUCUUCUCUGCGUCACCACGGCCGAUGGUCCCGACUCAUUAUGACCACGUCGCCCAGCCCCAUUGCUAGGCUACCUUGCUUGCUGCAUUAAUCCUUAUUACAUGAAAUUAAUGACGACUACAUAAUUGUAUAAUUCAGAGGUCCAUAUAUACCCCAUCUUAUGUAUAAUAUUUGUAGAGCUAGGGCCUUAACUUUGCAUUGCACGUGAUGCAGGUAGCCAGUGCACGUGAUGCAGGAAGGAAGGAGGACCAUAUAAUAUAUAUGUAUAUGUAUAUGUGUGUGCAUAUACAAGAAGAAAAAAUUCGCAAAUCUCAUCCAUAAUCUAGAGCGCGCGUGAAACUGCUAAACGACGUCGUACCGUACGUAUGCAAGAUUUGAACCAGCCACCUUUUUCGGGUGAAAGGAGGUUUCUUUGUUGAUUCAAAUAUCAUCUUAUGUAUGCAUCCAUUUUCGUGUACAAAGUCACAAACCCUAAUUUAUUUCUUCAAAACAGUCGCUAUUAAAGUAGCUUUUUUUUUCAUCUGCUUGAUUUUGACGUCCAUCAAGUGCUCGUGCUCGUCCUUCCAGGCUUCUUCUACAGAAAUAGGACUUCCAGUCUUGCGAUGGCGACGAGUUCUUAUAAACACUCUAAACCUUUUGAAAAAAGACGGGAAAUAUCUGCUCAGAUCAGGGAGAAAUUUUCUGAUAGAGUUCCACUUAUUAUUGAGAAGGCAGCAGGAAGUGAAGUUCCUGACAUUGAUAGGAAGGAAUUCCUUGUUCCUACUGAUUGGACUGUUGGACAGUUUGUUUAUGUCAUCCGGAACAGGAUCAAAUUGAGUGCUGAGAAAGCUAUAUUCAUAUUUGUCGAUAACAUGCUGCCUCCAACAGGGAUGCUGAUGUCUGCAAUUUAUGAGGAACACAAGGAUGAAGAUGGGUUUAUCUACAUGACUUAUAGUGGUGAGAACACAUUUGGUUAGGGAAUCGGGACUACGUAGAUAUGGGUAUAUAUGCAUAGCAUUUUUUAAUUUUUUUUUAACUGUAAAUUUUCAUCCAUAUUCUAUUUUGUUUGGGUAUAUUUGCCUGACCCUAGCUGACUACCAUUUACAUUUUUGAAUCAUUCUUUGGCAAAUUUACAAGCACUACUUCAUUGUUGAGACUGAUGAUUUAUCAAUUAGUUGAUUUACUUUACUAUAUGUUUGGCACAGAAUAUCUGUUUCUCAUUGCAUUUUGCUAGUUCUACUGAGGGUUGGGUAUUUUGUGCAUUUUUAUGUAGAAUUUGAACAACUCCAUUGUUAAGUGAAAAA